AUUGUAUUACUCGUUUUUUUGUGUAUGGUAUGUAUCUAAAUCUUGAAACGAAAAACAUCGACAGAUGGCUCAAGAUCAUGUUAUGACUAAUAUUUCUAGUUGUACUUAUGCAGAUAUAUAAAAAUCAUAAUACUUAUGAAUAAGUGCGAACACAGCGAUUGAAAAUAAUAAGGAUAAGGACAAUGUUUCCGUAUAUGAAUUGCAUUUGAAGUUACAGUUUCGUAAAUUUGUGCAUCGGGGUAAAUAGCGAAUGAAACAUGGCGUUUGUUUCUUUCAUAUGUUCCGAAGAUAUUGCCUCUUGAUUUUUUUUAUUACGGAUUUUCGAUUAUCAUCGAGAACAGAAGUUCCGAUGCAUUGACGCUUUUUUCCCUUUGUAACAUUUUAUCGUAAGCGUGGAAACCAGUUAAUGCUUAUUUGCCAUUAUUUCAUGGGUUUCGAAAAAUGAAGAGAGAUAUUCUUACGUGUGUCUUUUGAGAUGUGGGACAUUUUUGAAAUACUGAAGGAUACAACAUGACGUCCCGUAGUUACACAAAAUCUUACAGCCGUAAGGUCAGCAGUGUGACGCCUGGGAGUAUUCAAUUUGAUAAGCUUUUUAGAGAAAAUAGCAAUCGUCCUUCUGCUGCUAAAUCAGCAGGCACUGUUGGAAAAUGGGGUAUAACAUCAUUCACAUCUAUCAGGAGUACGAAUAUCAAUGGAAGAAGAGAUGAGAUUCAUAACACAUUUGGUGCAAAAAGAAUAAAACUUGAUUAUGGAAACCAAAAUGCUCGUGUAAAUUCUGGAAAAGAUCCAUUUUCAUUUGAAACUGAUCCUGACAAUAAACCAGAUGUUGCAACACCUGUUGUUAAACCUAAGAAGUUUUUUAAAAGUAGAAAUGUUCCACCUGCGAUAGAAGAAUCUCGUCAGGAUGUGGCAAUAUACAGACAAGUACCUGAUUCACAUUAUGGUAGAGCUCGUGCUCAGAAAAAUCCCCCACAGCCACCACCAAAACAAUCUUUACCAAAAGUAUCAAGCGUUCCAGCUAAGAAAGUAGCAGAAACUUUAGAGGGAACCAAUGAUGAUGCUGCUACUAAAGAAGAAGCAAAACCUCCUAUUGUAUUAAGAAUAUGCAAAGGUACAGCACGGCUUGUUUGUGGAAAUGUACAAACCACUCAAGACACUGAACCUGAAACAUAUAGAAUUUCCACACCACUUGUUAGUCCUACAAAAGUAGAUAUCGAGCGUAAGAGCUUUAAUACAGAUGCGUCAAAAUCUGAUCAAAAAACAAUUCGUUCUCACCAACCUAUUGUCUCUACCGUGUCAAUACCUUUAGAAAAUUCAGAGAUGAGAAGAACUACUCGCAGUCGCGCAAAAAAUCUGCAUUUAGAUAUACCAACAUCUUCUGCUGUGUCUACACAACCGGUAACUCCUAAUUCACAUAGUUCUGGUCUUUCAUUAACCCUUAGAAAAUCUGUUACUGAUUCUAAUAACACAUUAAUAUCUCAUUAUGACAUUGUUAAGACUGAUUGUGGUUCAACGUACACCUGUAAGCCAGCAAUUGAACCAUUAAUUGGCCGUGAUCAACCACUGCCUACUACAACUCAAGAACUAAUUGAUAUAUUAUCAAGUGAUUCUGAUCCUAUGCAAACAAGACCAAUGAUGAUAAAUGCACCAGAAACUGAAGAAAAUACAGAAGUGCCAGAUCAAGUUCAACACUGUUCAAUAGAUAUUCCAACAAAUGAAGUAGUCUCUAAAUCUACUUUGCAACCUGAAUCAGGACCUGAACCAAAACCAGAACUAGAACCAGAAUUAAAAACAGCACUAGAACCAGAGCAAGAAGCGGAAGUUGAACAUGAACCUGAAAUUGAACCUGAGUUUGAACCUGAACCUGAACCUGAACCUGAACCUGAACCUGAUCCUGAUCCCGAUCCUGAACCAGAAGUAGAAGCAGAACAACCAGCUCGUGCAAAUGAUAAUGAUAUAGCCACAGCUAAAAUCUUAGUUGACCAAGAUUGGUUCUCUGGAAGUGACGAUAGUGAAGGUGUUAGUGGCAAUAUAGAAAUUGAUAUUGCGUUGCAUGUAACAAGUACAGUCUCUGAAUCACAGCCAGCAAAUGUUCCAUCCACAACUGUUCAGAAACCGGCUACUAAAAAGGGUAGUAUUUUUAAAAGUCGUUCAACGGGGGCGACAAAUGGAAAUAAAAGACGGGCAUUGUACAAACAUAAGUGGUGUGACAGUGAUAAAGAAUCUAAUGCUACGGAUACUCCUAAUGCUGGUAAUUCUACACCAACUAUUGCUUCAGGAUCUCACAGUAAUACAGGACCUGUAGCAUAUGAAGAAGAAUUUGGUCCUUCGCAAUUAACGAGAGUUGUAACAUACCCUGAAGCUGACGCAGGUUUUGAAGAUGAAUCAGAUGCUAUAACAAGCAUUCGUUGUGGCAAGAAAGUUAAAGGAUUCUACACCGUAGUAAAAAAUGUGAAGAAAGCUCAUCAAAUCCAAGAGAGUGGAGAAUUUCAAGAAUUUAAUGAUGAUGUUGAAUAUAUAUUAGACACUCUAAGAGAAAACAAUCCAAAUGCUACUCGUUGCCUUUCAGCUAUACGAUUAGCAAGCAAAUGUAUGGCACCCGCAUUUCGCAUGCAUGUGCGUGCUCAUGGAACUGUUGCUAAAUUCUUCAAAGCACUCCAUGAUGCAACUAAGGACCAGAGUCUUGCUUUGUGUACAGCAACAGUAAUGUUUGUAUUAAGUCAAGAUCGUUUAGCUAUGGAUUUAGACCGUGAUUGUUUGGAGUUAAUGUUAAGUUUAUUAGAAUCUGAUGCCAGUCAUAAAGAUGCGCUUGAUGAUUGUGGCCUUAGUCGGGCAGAACUGUUAAAAAAUAAAGAAAAAGUACGUCAAUUGUGUGCUGACAUUCAAGCUCAAGGACAUGCAAAACAUUUAAAUCUCGAUAAUAUAACUGUUGGUCAACUUGCUAUGGAGACACUUCUAAGUCUCACAUCGAAACGUGCUGGUGAAUGGUUUAAAGAAGAACUUAGAGAAUUGGGAGGUUUAGAACACAUUAUAAAAACUAUCAGAGAUUGUCACUACCAUAUUAAUAUGCAAGAUAUUAGACGAUCUGGUUGGUCAGAUCCAUUAUUAGACAAAUUACGUAAAGUUGAUAGAUGUCUACGUGUAUUAGAAAAUGUUACCCACAUGAACGAAGAAAAUCAAGUAUAUUUAUUAAAAUAUGAGAAUGGAAUUUUAGUCAACACUUUAGCAAACUUGUAUCAUCUUUGUGGACAAGAAAUUCCUAUUUAUCCAACUAUAGAUCCAAGUGAUAAAACUUCUAUUGGUGCUGUUAUUAGAGAGUGCCUAUUUGCUAUUAUUAAAGUUCUUAUCAAUCUUACACAUCGAUUCAAUAGACAAUCUUUUGGAAGUAAAUCAGUAGGCACGCAACCAGGUGUCUUAGAUUGUACUCUAUGUCUUUUGUUACGCGUACCGGAGUCACUUCCCGAAGAAAAGCGUUUUGAUAUGAUGAUGUUAGCUUUGAUUCUAUUGAUAAACUUAGUAGAACAAUGUGAUGAUAAUAAGCAGCUUCUCAUCGAAUCUAAAGCUCCCUCGUCAACAGAAAAUAUUUUUGAUGCUGAGCAAAGUGGUGUGGAAUCUUUAAUCGAUCUUUUUUACAAACAAGAAGAAUUGGCUCGUGCUGAGGAACAAAAGACGGAUGCUAUUUUAGAUGGUAAAAAAGAUUCUGAACAAACAGAAACUGUAUCGACAACAACUAAAUCUCAAGAAGAAUUUAUUGAAGAAACUGUUACAAAAUUAUUGCAAAAGGCAGGACGUCAUAUGGAACACACUUUAAUAGGAGCAUAUGUAGUGCUAUUACUUGGUUACUUAAUAAUGGAUAAUAAGGAUUAUGAAUCGCUGGUACGCAGCAGACUUCCAGACAACAAUUUUACUACUAUGGUGUCUGUACUUCAGAAAUUUUUCAAUUUCAUGAAUUUAACGGCAUCGAAUGAAGUAAGUAGCUGUGGAAUUGCUGCUACUGAAAAGGUGAUUAAGUUCCUAAAGAUGUCGGAUGCCAGAAUUGAAGAAGAAAAAAAUGAGCUACCAUUGCCGGUGUUAGAAGAUCCAAACAUAAUGCUCGAUUUAUCUUCGUCUUGAUUGAUAUCUCAUACACACAUUUGACAUUUUUUAUUACCCUGGCAAGCAAAGAGAGCCAAAGUUAUAUGUGUCCAACGAAGAAAAUUCUUUCUAUCGCAGUAUGAAUGGACCUGUUUCAUAUUGACCAUAUAUUUUGAUAUAUAUUUAUUCACUUACAUAAUUUAUUGCUGUACCUUUCAUUAAACUGACUUAUCUCCCCACUAGCAGUAACAAAUUAAAUAUUAAGUAUAAGUUGUUAAUUAUACAGAAACUAAUACCAUAAUGAACGCGCCUUGUAAUUACGCAUACAGCUUACUUAAGUUUUCUGCCGGCGUGUAUGUAUUAUUAUCAAUUAAUUGAUUUGUCAAUUGUUUUUUUUUUUUAAGAAGAGUGACAAGAUGUAAACUUCUUGCCAGAUUAUAAUUUGUUUGCUGUAUAAUAUGCAUGAAUUUGAAAUUUGAUAAUUACUUUAAAAUUUAAAUUGAUCUACCUUAUAAGUACUAUUGAGUGAUUGACAGCGUUGGAAGUUCACCAUAAUCCAUUAAAAUUUGAGAUAGCAUUAUUAUCUAAGUUUAUUUUAAUAUUAAAAUUAUACUAUAAGCCUUGUAAAUGUAAAUUUAUAAAUUAUAAUUGUAUCUUAAA